CUAGUUCUAUGUUUUCCUCCGCUCCCUCACCGAAACAGUAGGACAGUGGCGAUAUCUCGGGUCUUCUGCACCAAUCGCUCGUUCUUACGUUCCAUGGGUUUGAUCUCGGAUCUUUCGUCGAUCCAGUAAAAGGACUCUUCCGAUCCAAUCACAGGUUCUGAGCACAAGGAGCGGCCUACCGGGGAUGGCGAAUGAUUCACAAAACUCGGCAUCUGAGAUGGCCAAGAUAGUGGAUGAUGGUGGACAUGAGGUCAAAGGAGAGACCGCCGAUGAACCUUCAUCAAAACCAAUUCAUGUGAUUCGAGAACCAGUGAGGGAUGAACAAGUGCUAAAUGCUGUUAAAUUUUUGUCUCAUCCAAAAGUGAGAGGUUCUCCAGUGAUAUAUAGGCGUUCAUUUUUGGAGAAAAAAGGCCUUACAAAAGAGGAAAUUGAUGAGGCAUUUCGCCGUGUACCUGAUCCACCUUCAAGUGUUGCAGCUGUUGAGCCAACCACAACAAACCAAGCUGUCCAAGAAAAAUCAUCUGGAACCUUGCAGCCACAAGUUGCCAAUCAAGUUUCACAACAAACGCCUUUUGCUUCUGCAACUACUAGCUUGCGUCAAUCAAGAUUUCACUGGAGUAUGGCUCUUUUUGUUGUUGGACUUGCUGCUUCGGGAGCUGGAACAGCAGUGCUUUUCAAGAAAAAGAUUGUUCCGAAGUUGAAAGCUUGGAUUCGGAAGGUUGUGGCAGAAGAGAACGAUCUCAAGUUUAAUAAAAUAUCAAAAUCUAACAUAGCUGAAGAAGCAGCAGAAGCUGCAAAAGCGGCUGCUUCUGCUGCUGCUGCUGUUGCUAUUGCAAGUCAAGAAUUGUUGAAUGCCAAAAAUGAAGAGAGGAAAUACUUUGAGGCUUUUACUAGAAUGUUAGAUGUUCAAGUAGAAGAGAUGAAAUCCAUGGGCAAUGCUAUCCGCAAAUUGGAAAUUACAAGGAGGGAAUUUUCGGAAGACAAAGGGAUACAAGAAUACAUGCAAUCCCAAUCAUGGAAGGGGACCACCAACAAUCCAUGGAGAACAAAUCAAGUGAAGCAAGCAACUUCUAAUUUUAAUUCAGGCUCAAAGCAUCUGGAAGUAAAUGGUUCUCCUGAUAUGGAUUCUGGAAUAGCGAAGCCAUUAACAACCCCUGCUUCCGUGGAACCACCCCAUCCCAAAUCAUACAUGGAGAUUAUAGAAAUGAUACAAAGAGGGGAAAAACCUCCAAACAUCAAGGAGAUUGAUGACAACCCUCCCAAUCCUAACCAGCCAAUAUCUAAUCCUCUUCUAGCUCCGAAGCGCAAGCCUUGGGAAGUCACUCAACAAGCUGAGCAGAGACUCAGUUAUGGACGUCACUCCCAAGCAAAUGGCCAAGGACUGAAUUCUGAGGUCCGAGAGACCAAUUCUCAGCCAAAUGGGAGCCAUUCCAAUGGCUCAGAGCCUUGGUGGAGAAAGAAAACCAUUAAGAUCUCUGAGGUCGAACCUGAAUCAGAGGAGCAGUUUUAUGAUGCAAUGAGGGGAAAUGCAAGUCCGAUGAAACGAGGAUGGGUUCCUCCUCAGCCACCAACACUCCUGUUGCCAGAAGCUGCUGAUGCUAUCAGACAACUAAAACCAUCCAUUCAGAAGCAGCAGUCUGUAGACGAGACCUUGACGGUUGGCUCUAGCAAUGGAGAAGACCUUGAUGCAAAAGCAUCCGAUUCAACCAUUGAACCAGAAAUGUCCGGCAGUACAGGGAUGGACUUCAGUCAAGCAAAAGAUCAGGAAAGGGAAGUCAGUGUAGAAAUCAACUGAACAAGUAUAAAGGUUUUAACCGUUGUUAAAUGUAUAUCGAUGUUCUUGCACACUAUGGAACAAAGUCUUUGUCAGUCUAAGUUUACAUAUUUUUGUAAGUGUCAAUAAAUAACAAAACCUUACUAGAUGAGAAUCGUUGGAGUGGAUGGGUAUGUUGAGUACAUUGCUGAAUGUUUACUGCUUCAGAUUUGCUUCCAGUUUGAUGGCAGAACUCUUAUUUUUUUUCGGUU